AUGGGUUGCUUGUUGGUUGUGUGGCUGCGGUUGUGCUGUGGUGGCUGCGGUGCGGCUGCGGUGCUGGCUGUGGUGGCUGCGGUGCGGCUGCGGCUGGCUGCGGUGGCGGCUGCGGUGGCGGCUGCAGGUGCUACCGGCUCGUGCGGCUGCGGCGGGCGGCUGCGGGAAGGGCUGUUGCCAGCAGAAGUGCUGCUGCCAGCAGAGCUGCGGCUGCAAGAAGCAGUGCUGCUGCUAGGCGCGCCGCUGGGCUGUGGACAGGCGCCGCAGGCACCUGCGCUGUGGCCUGAGUCACUGUUUGAGGCCCAGAGGCCUCCGGGCCUCCCGCCAGCCCAGCUGGGUUUCCACGCAGAUCUAAGGUGCAGGCACCCAUCCGCUUUGCCAGACACUGCUGUUCAUUUCUCUACCUGGAACGCACUUUCUGCUACCACUUUGGCAGGUCUCUGCGGGGCGGGGCGAGACGUCCCCACGUGCGUAGCUGUGCUCCGGAUGCCGGGCAGCCUCGUGAUGCUGUUUUAUGAGUCGGUUGGAGUCCAGGAAAGAGCCCUCGCAGGAACUUGCUCCCAGGAAUUGUUUCAUAGCAGAAGUUGGUUAUUAAAAGCUAUGUGAAUAUAUUUAAGG